AUGCCUUCGCGCAACCAAGGAUCAGAACAUCUUACUACUUUAUCAGAUGCUAUAACCUCAACGCCUGACAUAACGGAACCUCCAACUUCACCCACAUCUUCCACUCCAAUUAUUGAAUCAUGUAAAGACCCCAGCCAACAUGCCAGUGGAGUAUGUGUUGGCGCGGAUAAAACACCUGAGGUACUUGGGGGAACCGAUAAUCAAGACGAGAAUAACGACACACAGUCUGAAACCAUUGUACGUUCUGGUCGAACUUCUUACAAGGCGAGGGCCCCGCGUGCUGUGAGACACAGCAACUCUGAAGUUGCUUUAGGACCUGGCUUUAUAAUAUUAGUAUCUAAUCCCAUCCGCACUUGCACCUUGCGACCGGACUUACCAUCAAAACGUGCCGCGUUCCUUUACCACAUGAAAUACUUUUACGGCGAAGGAUCCAAUCCAACAUACGAACCGACUAACUGCACUGCUCUAUCUGAGGCAGUUGUUUUAUUUCAACUAGGUAAUAUAGUUGACUUUUCAAAAUCCAGAGACGUCAACGAAUGGCAAGCGCGUGAAUUACAAGGCGACGGUGUUGAGAUUCCGUACGCCAGUGUAGCUAGGUUUCACUUUUCUUGGUCUUAUUCGGCUACUUCCGGCAGGGAAAGAGCCCUUGAGCUUGUCAAUGCUCAUAUUUAUGUUGCGAGCAUGUUAAAAUUGUUCAAAGCGCGGUUACACCAAAUGUGGAAGGAGGAAUGCCUGCCUGAGGGUUACUUAGCCCAACAGUUCCGCGAAUGGUUCAUACGUGCGGCUGCGUUACACGUGCCGCGCGUCUCAUGUUUGCAAACUAUUGGCUCUCUCGACGAUGAUGUUCCCCGAUGGAUGUUGGUGGAAGUUAAACCUGAAUCUGUCAGAACACGUUAUGUUUAUCAGUCGUGCUUCAGGGACACGUUGCCCAAGUCUGAUCCUUGGAAGGCGUUGUUAUUUGCAUUCAUUCAUUAUGCCUACCAACAUAGUGGCGGAGUGACUUUGAUCGGUCAAAUAGACUGUGACCAAUGGGGUAGUAUCUCUAAUGUAUUAUGUUUCAAUAAAGCAUCGUACUACUUGGAAAAUAGUGAUAGAAUGGAUAUGCCUUUUUUUGAUUUUAGAGGAGGACAUCAAUGUGACCAAAUAUGCAAAGAGAUGGGCUUGGCCCGAUUAACUCUAUGA